UCACGUCGUUGUGGAAGUGCCGAACCAGCACGCUGUAUUACUCGACCCUGGCACUGUUGGAUGCAGCAAAGGCCGUCCCGGAACAGAUAUUCGAUAACUCUGUACUUGAGCGACCGCUUAGGAAUCAGCGGCUCAGUCUCGACAUUGCCCGCCACCACCAGAUUCUGCAAGUCCUCGACUCAUUUCUCAGCAAGUUCCCUUGGGUUGAUGCUCAAAGGACGCAUAGUUCAUAAUCGGACUACGGGAAGUGGAUGCCUUCCAAGGUUAUUGAACGGUACCGAAGGCAAAUCGCCUGCUUGCUAGGCACGCAACACCGCACGGCCCACAGGCAGAGGGCAUUAUGCGAGAUAUUUCUGAGGCUUAAGCAUAUCAUAGACAUGUCAUACAAACAUUGCAGUUCGGAGGAUGACGGCCUGGAGGACGACGGAAAUGAUCAAGAAUCGGAAUGCGUCCCAGAGCACCUGCAACCUGAGGACGAGGCACUGAGUCAGGUCCCGGACACGGAGACCAGGGUCCAAGGUGAGGCAUCGAGACUGACGCUGCACAAUGUAAUAAGCGGGCCGGAAAAGGGGAAACUACCUGACAGGGACGAUGGCAUGUUGGAACCGUCCAUGGAGCACUUGUCAGCCGGGUGCGAAGUCGAGGAAGGGUCUCAACCAGAACAUAUCUGCCACGGCGGAGCUGGUGCAGAGGAAGCUCCGACGGGAUCCCUAGCAGAAGAGGCUCCAUCCAGAUCUGAGCCAGUCGACCACGGAUGCGGGCCGGAGACGAACAGCACUAACCUUGAAGAGGUCGUGGACGACGCUUUGACUUGGCGGGCCAUCCUCAACGCCAAACGCCAUGUUGUACUCUACAGCUCCCGACAGCAGCGACAUUUUGACGUCGGGGAUAUGGGGGAACGUUGUUCCUGUUAUAUAAGGUUGGUAUUGUACUUGCUUGUCUUCACACUGCCUGAGAUGUCUAAUACAAACUGGGAGCAAUUCGAGCAGCGGCUGCCUUAUGCCAUGCUGGCAACGAUGGUGGACAAUGUCCUUAUCAAGACUGCUGGAUCGUCAAUUGGAAGGAGUAGAGGUGCGUCAGUUUGCCUCUAACAACUCAAGAGGAUAUACUCCUUAGGUCGAACCCAUUUCAAUCGGUUAUCACGGGGCCGUCUCGCCUCGAAAGUCUGAGCUUUCCCUUAACCUCUCCAUCAGGUGACAAUUCUCCUCACGUUAUCCCCAGUCGAGUUCCACCUCAACUUUCCAAGCGGCUAUCGUCGUAGGCAAGAUCAACGGCGCCGUCAUCUGCGAAACCUCCGCCUCGGGCGACUACCCUUACAACACUGCCCUAGGCGAGCGUAUGCCCUUUUCCAGCGAGAAGUGUUCCCCCCAGCAGCUCGACGCCGUACUCUACCGCAUCUAGCAUCCUCUCUGCUGGAAGCUCAUCACGACCAUCGCAUUACUUCAAUGCAUUGAAAACGGCGUUCGCUCCCUCGACGGCGACAUCUCCUUGCUCGCCGCACGCUGCAGAU